AGAAAAACCAGCGAGAUGAAAUUUAAUGGCCCCGAUCAGGGCAGGACUGAGGGACAGAGUUGACAGCAAAACACAUAUUUGCCUUUUAUGUCCCAUGGUGGCUUCAAUGUCACUGCUACAUACAAGUGAAGGGAAGGAAGCAGGCCAGCAGUGAGCGCGGUGAACCUGCAGCUAUGCUGACAACCAGAUGUCAUGCAGCCCUCCUGGAAAAAAGAACCAUCUGGAGGAGGUGGAAAGGAAGAGAAGCCAUCAAUGACCCUGGCUCAUAGUGAGAUGACAAUUAACUUAUCUAAGGCUGAAGUAAUCUCUCCCCUGCACCGACAGUUCACUGGCACCACUUACUGAAGGGCUGCAGUAGGGAGGAGGUGGUGUCCGCUGGGGUGACAGCGUUUCAAACUCUGAAAGAGCCAGAAAAGACUGGGCUGGGGGAGCUGCAUCCAGACUGCACACCAGCAGAGAGCACCAAGGCCCGCGCACAACCGGGAUUGGGUGGGGGGAAGGGGGCUUGCCUCAUUCCCCACCAGGUGCUCAGAAUUUCUGCUCAGAUACUAAAAGCAAAGUCAGGAAGAAAGCGCACUGAGACGCGGCCUAGAUAACGCGCAGCAACCCCAGCCUGUGGAACAUGCAGGACCACAAGGAGCACAGGGCCCCGCGCCACGGCAGGAGGCCGCCCCCGCCCGGGCCGUGAGAACCGACCGCAAAGGACGCCGGCAGGAGGGAAAGGACAACCCUCCGCCUACUCCCUCAGGAUGGCUCCACGGAUCGGCUCGCACAGCUCACGGGGAAGCCAAGUAGGCGCGACCAGCCACCACAGACCGUGAGGACACUUCCAUUGCGCCCCUGGGAAGCCCUCCCAGCGUCCUUCACGGCAGGCCGGAAGUGCACCGCAGCCGCUCUUCCGGUGCCAGGGCUCCGCCGCUCUAGGCCGCGCCCUCUAUAGCCCUGGGUGUCUCUGGUGGGUUCUGGCCGCCCCAGUAGCUUGGCCUUUGGCUCUCACCGAGCAGAAACCAGGAUGAGGGAACGCGCACAGAAGACAGUGCGGAACUCUGUUCUCUGCCUUGGCAGCCGCGUCACACGUCCUUGAAUUGCCAAGGAGCGAGGAGCAGCCUGCCCUUCCCGCCCGCGCCGCAGGAAGCUCAGCCCUAGUUGGGUCCUUGGAUCCACCCUUGUCCUUCCUUGGUCCCCAGAGGUAGCCGCCUCUCUCUGGGAUAGGACGAAGUACCUGCCAGUAGGAGCCCAGUGAACUGGAAGGCCCUGCUGGAGGAUGCUGCAGUGGGGAUGAGGAGGGAAAGAAUGAAGAAAGGUGAAGAAUGAAUGUAGCCUAGGUUGGCAGCUCCUGUCUGUAAUCCCAGCAAUCCGGAGGGCGAGGCAAGAGGAUCUUUACAAGUCCAAGACCAUCCUGGGCUACAAAGUAAGGGCGAAAACCGGCCUGAACUGCAUAGCAAAAAUAAACAAACAGAUAAACCUGGAGUGCUGGCCCACACCUGAAGCUGAAGGAUGGACCUCAAAAUACAAAUUAAGAAACGCACUGGAGAAAUAGCUCUGCAAAGACCCCAAGUCCAAUCCCCAAUACCAAUAAACAUAAAAGGACACUCCACCAUUAAUAACUAGGGAAAAAACUGCUUUGGUGGAUUUGGACAGUUUAUGACUGAAUCCCAGAGCCAGGGAAAGCUGACAGUACUGAACUGUUGUGCUUGCAGUGAAAAAGGGCUUCCUGUGCUAUGCACAGAAAGACCUCAAUAGAGGCCCAAGGCCAGGGUCUCUGCCACCUCUGUCUGCAUGGGACAAAGCUAUGAAGACUUAGGGGUGUCAGGGCUGCCUCAGCUGGGCCUGAACCCACACAGUAACCAUGAUGGGGGGGCUACAAAGCUAAAGUUUGGUGCACACGUUGCAGCAUUGUGCCUGCACGCUGACUCACCCUGAGCACAGCUCUCCUGGCCCCUUGGUGACUGUUUCUGGUCACUAUUGCCUAUGGCCGCUGUACCCCCCAACCUUGUGGUGGAGGAGUCAGGCAGAGUCCUUGUGCUUCCACUUGCAGAGUCCUCAGUCCAGAAGGUCAGUCCAGAACCCCUGGAGGGGGUUCAUUCACACCGCACCCUCAGGGGAGUCAGUGCCUGUCGAGCUGCACCACUUCCUAGGGCCAGCAUCCACAAUCCUGCGUUGGCCUGUCCAUAGUAGCUGUGUACCAGCUCUCCUGUCUGACUGCACAGUAACAGACCAAGCUCCACUACUCAGCACAUGGGAGAACAAAAGUGAAAAUGAACUUGGAAGAGGACUGGGGUUGGCACAGGGCUGCCAUGGGCCCUGGGAGGAGCUGAGGUGACCGCCCCCGUGGAGCACAGCCAAGUAAGUUCUUCCCAUGUGUUGUUUCCACCUCUGGAAUUGCAUCUAUGGGGCAUUGUCCUCUCCAUUUCACAGGUGAAGGAAUGGGGCACAGGGAGGGUGGGUCACAUGACCUGGAGACCAAUGAAGAACAGGAGCUAUGUCACCCGUUUAGGGAAGUUAGGCAGGGAUGUGGAACUGUGUGCACACAAAACAUACUAUAGUAGGUGAGGUAGGAGAUGAGAGAACGUUGGAAUAAACAGAAACAGGGUAAGUCUGUCAAAGUAGGGGACAUGGGCAAGUGUUUGGUGUCAAGAGACAGUGCAAGGGAAGAGUCUGAAAAGGCAGACUGAGAUGUGUGCCGCUCAGGGGGCUGUGCCCACAGAUUCCUGCAAGUCACUUCCCGUUAGUACACUUGGCCUCAUACUAAGUUAGCAGAAGGCUCAUUUGUCACAACUGGCAUUGACAGAACAAAGUCCAGGGGGGCCGACCUUUCUGUGCCCCACUAUUAAAGGCCUGGUGAAGAUCUCCUGCUGCCAGACAGGAAGCAUCUGUUCACAUCUGCAGCAGCACAGCCAUGGUGAUGUGGGGCCUGGUGCUGGCAGCCGUGCUGGUGGCCACCUUGGGCUACCUGUGUCUGCCAGGGCUUUUGAGACAACGCAGGCCCCAGGAACCCGCUCUGGACAAGGGCCUCAUACCUGGUGUUGGCCAUGCCAUAGCUAUCCGAAAGAACAUGCUUGAAUUCCUGAAGGCAAUGCGAGCCAAGCAUGGGGAUGUGUUCACCGUGCAGCUUGGAAGCCAUUUCUUCACUUUUGUCAUGGACCCCCUCUCCUUUGGUCCCAUCAUCAAGAAUACAAACAAGAACCUUGACUUCAUGGAGCACGCAAAAGAGCUGGUGAGAAAGGUGUUUGGAUAUCAGCCAUUGAAGAGCUGCCACCAGUUGGCACACUCUGCCAGCACCAAGUACCUCAUGGGGGAUGGCCUGGAGGACAUGAACAAGGUCAUGCUGGACAACCUGUGCCUGAUGCUGCUGGGGCCCAGAGGCCCAGAACAGGAUGCCAGCUGCUGGCGAGAGGAUGGGCUCUUUCAUUUCUGCUACAAUGUCCUAUUCAAGGCUGGUUACCUGAGCUUGUUUGGCUGCACCAAGGAUAAGGAGCAGGACCUGCUCCAGGCAGAGGAGCUAUUCAGGAACUUCCGCAGGUUUGACAUUCUUUUCCCCAGGUUUGUCUACUCCCUGCUGGGGCCUCGGGAAUGGCUAGAAGUGCGCCAGCUGCAGCGUGUCUUUCACAAGACGCUCUCCGUGAGUCACAACUCGCAGAAGGACGGUAUAAGCAACUGGCUGAGCUACAUGCUCUGCUAUCUGACCGAGUGGGGGACCAGCCCGGAGAUGCUGGGGAAGUUCAACUUCACGAUGCUCUGGGCCUCACAGGGGAACACAGGGCCCAGCUCAUUCUGGGUCCUCCUUUUCCUCCUGAAGCACCCAGAAGCCAUGCAAGCUGUGAAGAAAGAGGCCACCCAGGUCCUGCAGGGGACCAAGCUGGAAGCCAAGCAGCCCUUUGCCUUCCAGGUCAGUGCCCUGCAGCAUACCCCCAUCCUGAACAGUGUGAUGGAAGAGACUCUGAGGCUGGUAGCUGUGCCCACCCUCAUCAGGGCAGUGCAGGAAGACUGCACCCUGAAGAUGGCCAGUGGGUGUGAGUACCUGCUGCGCCGAGGAGACAGAGUGGCCCUCUUCCCCUACCUGUCUGUGCACAUGGACCCUGACAUCCACCCCGACCCCUGCACCUUCAAGUACGAUCGGUUCCUCAACCCCGAUGGCAGCCGGAAAGUGGACUUCUUUAAGGCGGGCAAGAAGAUCCACCACUACCUCAUGCCUUGGGGCUCGGGCAUGUCCAUGUGCCCAGGGAGGUUCUUUGCCCUCAGUGAGAUGAAGCUAUUUGUUCUGCUCAUGGUUACGUACUUUGACCUAGAGCUGGUGGACCCCAAUACCCCAGUGCCCCCUCUAGAGCCAAGGCGCUGGGGCUUUGGCAUCUCACAGCCAAGCUAUGAGGUACGCUUCCGCUACCACCUAAAGCCCAUGGACUGAGCUUGGCCAAUCCUGGCUAGCAGGGACCCGCCGUCUCCCACCUCUGCUCAGCCCUCUGCACUCCCUCCUCCCCUGGCCAAUCCUCCCCCAAGUUGGGCGCGCCCCUCCCUUUGUCCUGGCUGCCUCAUUCUCUGGGUCUCCUGGUCCAUUGCACAGGGAUUCUGCAGAGCCAUCCUGGGGCAGAAUGUGCAGUGGAAAGGGAGUGUCAGGGUCUGGUCCAUGGAGCAAGAAUCCCUGCUUCCCAAGCCCCAUGAGUGAUGCUGCACCCUGCGAACCUCAGGCUCUAUCCUCUCACCCUAUUCUAACCCACAUUCUAUGGCCUCAGGUUCCUAAAAGUAUUAUACUAUACUCAAGUCACAGGAACAAUUUUAAAUUUCUUAGUAGACAUGCUUUGGGUUUUUUGUUUUUGUUUUUGUUUUUUGUCUUUUUGAGACAGAACCUUGUUAGGCAGUUCAGGCUGUCCUUAAGCUCACUUUGUGGCCCAUGCUGUUCUUGAAUUUGCAACGAUCCUCAUGCUUUGGCCUCUCAAGGGUAUUAUUACAAUUAGACUUGGCUUUAAAAAGCCACAAAAGGCCAGGGAUCUAGCUCAGCAGCAUAAGCACCUACCUGGCAAGCACUCUGUGGUGAGUUCAAUCCCGGAUACCUCCGCAAAAAAACCCCAAAAGCAUAAACAUCAUUUUCACCAUACAUUUAAAUAGAACUGGGUGCUUCCAAAUUACUGAAUUUUGACACAUGACCUUGUAAGAAUAUUAACUUUGCUGUUCUUUUGCCCCACCUUGGAAACCGGGCUGUGCUUUAUUCCUGCACCAGUGCCCCCACCCCCAGCUACAUCACAAGCACUCAUACUGUCUGUUGGCUGGGGACUGCCUGUGAUGUCUCAGGUGUUGAGGGUCUGCAUGUGCUGACUUUGUCUGCCAUCUGCCUGAGGCCCCUCAGGCCACCCCUGCUGCCAGCCAACUGGCCCUGCAGGCCCUGCAGCUCUCUCUGCACUGGGGCCUCCUGGCCUGAGAUAGCACAGCCUGCAGAGGCCCCUUCCCCAGUCCUCUGGUUGCCACCCUUUUGCUUUCUGCCUCCUAUGACUGCCACCCCUGAGGUUGGAAUUGUGCCGCAGUGGUCCCCAGAUUUCCCCACCAGUGUGACUUGGGGAGAACACCCCUCGAGUGGGGGCACAGUCCGGCUGCCUGCCCCAGGGGCUGCUGCUCCUGGAAGCCUUCUGGGAUGGCUCCCAUCCGGUGCCCACAGCCUCAUUCUCCCUGGGUUCCCAUCCCCUCUCUGGAACCCAGUACCUGUCCGGUGUCUCUCUGUACCAUGUCUUCUCCUCCUGCCCUGGCCUGGAACCCACCAUGUUGUGAUACCAUUUUUGUUCUCCUGAUCCCACAUCCCUUGUGUACAUUAAAUGACAGCACCAUGGCCGUC